AUGUCGUUCCAGGCGAUGGAUACAUUCGCGGAAAUCAGUCAACACAUUCUGAUGUCUUCUGCAAAACCCCCAGAUUUUGAUUAUGUUCUUGAACAAGUUGGUGAUUAUGGAACAUAUCAAUUGGUGUUUUUCUUUAUUAUUUGUCUUCCUGCUAGCCUUCCAUCUGCGUUUUCAGCAUUCAAUAUCCCAUUUGUUGUCGGAAAUCCACCCCACUCUUGCCGUAUUCCAGAAGGAAAAGAGUAUUUGAGACCAUUGACAAAUGAUACUCAAAUUCUUUCAUGCAAACAAUACAACGAGACCCAAAUCAACGUCUUCCAAGCAUUCACAUCUGCUCCAGUCGACACAUACAGUGAUAGAAUCGACUUGGUUCCAUGCCAAAAUGGAUGGGAUUAUGACAAUUCGACAUACCUGGAUAGUUUGGUUACUGAGUUCAAUCUGGUUUGCGAUCAACAAUCGUGGGUUGAGAUUUCUACCACAUCGUUUUAUGUUGGAAGUUUUAUUGGAAACUGUUUAUUCGGAUACAUUGCUGACAAAUUCGGAAGACGUCGUUCGUUUUUUGUGAUUCUCAUCGUUUUGGUCGUUUGUGGAACGGCGAAUUCUUUUGCGAAAGAUAUCGAGUCAUUCAUUAUUUUGAGAUUUUUCACAGGAUUGGCAUUCCCCGCAUUGUUCCAGAUUCCAUUCAUCAUUUGCAUGGAGUUCAUGGGAAAUUCUGGAAGAAUCUUCUCAGGACUCAUGAUUUCUUUGUUUUUCGGAGCAGCAAUGGCACUUCUAGGAGUGGUUGCAAUGUUCAUCAGAAGGUGGCGUCCACUCACAUUCUUCUGUAAUGCUCCUUUUGCUGUUUUAUUCUGCUACUACUUCUUCCUUCCGGAAUCUCCCAGAUGGUCUGUUUCAGUCGGAAAAUGGGCGGAAGCUAAAGCGCAGCUCAAGAAAAUUGCAAAGAUGAAUGGAAAAUCGGAUGUAGAUGUUAAUGAAUUGGUGGAUAGUCUAAAAAAUCAUCAAAACGCGGCAGAAGAAGAGGAAACAAAGAGGAGUCAUAAUGUGACGGAUCUAUUUAAAACACCAAAUUUGAGAAAGAAAACUUUUAUUGUUACUUAUAUUUGGGUAAUGAAUGCAAUAAUUUACAAUGGAUUGACUCUGAACGUCUCGAAUCUUCCAGUUGAUGAUUAUUGGAGUUUCAUCAUAAACGGAGCCGUUGAAUUGCCAGGAUACUUUGUCGUCUGGCCCCUUCUCCAAUGCGCAGGACGCCGUUGGACGCUUGCUGCAACAAUGAUUGUAUGUGGAAUCGGAUGUGUGUCUGCAAUGUUCGUUCCCGAUGGAUAUCCAUGGCUUGUGGCAUCUGCUUCCUUCAUUGGAAAGUUUGGUGUUGGAUCUGGAUUUGCCGUUAUUUAUAUUUUUGCUGGAGAGUUGUAUCCAACUGUUGUCAGGGCCAUUGGAAUGGGAAUGAGCAGUAUGGUAGCUGGUUCUGGAUUAUUGUUGGCUCCUCAUAUUGUUAAUUUGGGAAAAAUAGUAAAGAUUCUGCCUUUGUUGAUUAUGGGUCUGAUGGCAUUAUCGGCUGGAAUCCUGACAUUUUUCUUGCCGGAAACUCUUGGUGCUCCGCUUCCUAUGACAAUUGAGGAUGCUGAAAAUUUUGGUAAAAAACCAGAUGCGGAUAGCGGAAUGUUCACUCAGGCAGCAAAAAAACGAGAAUCUCAACCACUUCUGGAGCCGUUCACUCCAAUGGAAAGAAGAAGAAGAAGUAGUCGACUUAUGAAUAUUUAG